GUAACCCUCGAUCCACCACGUUCGUUACCAGGCCAAAUACGCCGCUAUAAACGCAUUCGAUUCGACUUUCGAUUUGGAGCUUCAGCAACCCGAGCAUGGGUAAAUAUCGCUCCAGAAGCGGGUGUCUCACGUGUCGAGCUCGCCGUGUAAAAUGUGACGAAACGCAUCCUGUCUGCAAAGCUUGCAGCAAGAAAAAUCGUCCAUGCCAGUGGGAGGCACCGCACACAAAAUUCAAAGACUACCAGCCGUAUGACGCAACUUUGGGUUACAAGAGCACCGGAACUAGCGAGCACGAAGAUAUGGAUGUCGACGAAAGUGAUGACGAGGAAAGCCAGGCCAGCCGGAGUAUCUCGCCGAGCACCAAUCAAGAGCGAAAAGGCAGCGAUCAGCAUGGAACGACCUCUGAUAGUGCAUCACGAUCAACAAGUGGUCCUUCAGCCAAUGACUCGGUUGGUCUACAUUCUCCAAGAUCUCCAUUACCUCUCCCAGGACAUAGAAUGCAAAGUAGCAUCUCUGUAUCAAGUCUGCUGCGACCACAUCUACCGGAGGGUCCUCGACCGUACUCCCAGGAGCAUGUUUCCCUCACACAAGGAGAAGCCAGGCUUGUGCAUUACUACUCAGAACAGCUUGGCCGAUGGCUUGAUUGCACUGAUGCGACUCGCCAAUUCACUCUCGGGGUGCCAGAGAAGGUCAAAUGCUGUCCGGUUCUCUGUCAUGCGGUCGUGUCAUUUGCAGCUCGCCACCGCAGAGAAGAUGAUAUUGCUGAUGCUGCAUACCAGCGCUGUAUCGCUCUGCUCAUCGACCGUUUGGACGAGCCCAACGCAAGCCAUGACGAAACAUUACUCUGCGCCAUCGUCAUCUUGCGAUUCUAUGAACAGCUCAAUGUGCCCUCCAGUACUGGUUCAGAUGCCGCACGACAUCUGGCAGGCUCUUCUGCAAUCCUGCGUGCUUCGCAAGGCAACCACUGCGUAGAUCCGUCCGCACCUACGCUUCGUGAAGCUGCUUUCUGGGUAUAUGUUCGUCAAUGUUUGUACACGGCUACAAUCAACCAGCAGCCGCCGGAUGUAGACUUCUCACUACAGCUACAUCCAACGCCAGGUUCAAUGCAAGAUCCGCAUCCACUGGCGCGACUGAGAUUGGAAACUGCUUGGGCGAACCAGAUGACUUGGAACACGGCUCUCGUUGCCAACUUCUGUUUUGAGACCGAUCCUUCAGGUGAGCGGAAGAAUAGACUAUCUCGCUGGCAAGAACUUUGGGAUGUCGUUCAAGCUUGGAAGAAAGACCGACCUGCAGGAUUUGAUUCCAUCUGGGACGGACCAGCUACUGAGGUUGACGCGAGCUGCUUUCCUCAAAUAUGGUUUACAGCCGACUGGCACGCUGUCGCAUUCGGGUUGUACCAUUUCUGCUGCAUGAUGCUUCACAGUUUCAAGCCAGGACCGAGAUUCGCCAUACGUAGCGUUGGGAGUAUUUCGACCACAGACUGUCAGGUCUUGGAGCAUGCACGUGCGAUUUGUGGUGCAUGCCGCAGCACACCCGAGGUAGUGCAGCUUUCGAUCAUUCUAUGCCACACCAUCUUCAUUUGGGGCCCCCUGGUCUCAGAUCCGAGAGAGAGGAACGAAAUCAUCCAGCUCCUCGAGGAGUUCGAAAUGGCGCAUGUCUGGCCGACUGCUUGGAUUGUCAAUGCUCUUAGGGCAGAAUGGGGUCUCUCACAGAUCGAAUAGUUCCUUUUCUUACCUGCGGCAGCAGAAAUAGCCCACAGUCCAGCAACCAAUACCCAAUUCAAUAGUAUUGUUUAGAGUUUUUUUUCACUCGACCUCUCUGACGGGCCGGAUCGAUGGAUCGAAUCCUUGGUAAGAGCUGCAGUUGGCUCGCAUGUCUUUGGCAAUCUAUAGAGACCGCAUUAUAAGUGCAAUACAGUUGGUGGGUAACUCUUUACUUCUUUUAUAAGCCUCAGCUGAUACGGAGAAUGAUCUACGCUAGAUCAGAUUCUCGCCCUGCGACUGUGCAUGCACCAGGGUUCGAAGCUCCAAGUUGACUGUGGUGUGAUAUUAUUUCACGGUCAAGUGUCAGCACUUCCCGGAAAUCUUUUCCUUGACCCCCAAAAUCCUGUUCUCCCCUAACAGUGUGUAAGAUUGAUUGUACCCACGAUGAUCGGCAGUUCUCCCCGCCCAACCAGUGCAGGCACACAUUCCCGCCGGGUAAGAGGUCCGCC